AUGGAGUCCAAACUUAAGUUUAAAUUGGAAGAUAUUCUGAAAAGAAGUGUAUUAUAUAAAGUGAAUAAGAAUGACUACACAAUAAAGAAACUGAAAAUAGUAGAAUCUGAACAUGAAAAGGGGAGUUCAGAAGAGAUAAGGGUGAAAGUAGCGUUCCCGGACUCAGAAAAUCAAUAUAAAAAUGUUAGCCUAGGAAGCUACGAAGGAGGAUACACAGUAUGGGAGAGUACAUGGGUAUUACUGGAGUUCCUGGAGAGCAUGGAAGUCAAUGAAAAGUUAUCGGUGCUAGAAUUGGGUGCCGGACUAGGAGUGUGUGGAACAGCUAUGAGUUUAAAAGGCCACAGGGUAACCUUCCAAGAUUUAAAUAUGAAUGUAAUAAAAAAGGGACUGAUCCCAAACUUACUACUCAACCACACAGUAAGGGGACUCAAAGGAGAAGAAAAUGAGUUAGGUGUGACACUAGUAAGUGAAUACGAAGAUGAAAUGAAGAAUAUAUAUCAAAUUAGGACAGAAUCUGUAAAAUUAGUGGGAAAAUAUGAUAGUAAAUUUGAAUUUGAGUUUUUAGUGGGAGACUGGAACCAUUUAGUGAUCACAGAACAAAUAAGUAGUAACCAAAAAGGUAAAUAUGAUAUUAUACUGGCAUCGGAAUGCAUUUAUCGCAAAGAAAACUAUGAGUCAAUAGUAAAGAUCAUCCACACACUCCUUAAGGCAGGAGGCAGAGCAUAUAUAGCAACGAAAAGGUUCUAUUUUGGACUAUCAGGAGGGUCAUUUCAAUUUUUGCAGUUUAUAAGGGAAAAUGACCACAAAUAUGGUGAAAAUAAACUCAGUGCAACAGUAAUAAGAUCAGCUGAACCUAAGAACAGCUCAAAUGUAAUAGACCUAAUAGAAGUAAAUAAGAUGACAGGCGAAAAUGCAAAUAAUUAG